AUGGAAGAAACUGUCCCUGAGGGAAAAACAAAAUUUACUGCCGGAGAUUCUACAUUUAUAAUUGAUAAUCGCUAUGAAUUCCUCAAAUAUAUGGGCAGAAAUGCAUGAGGAUUUGCUAUUUCUGCAAUGGAUCAUAAAAUAAAUACAAGAGUUCUAAUCCAUAAGAUAUCAAGAGAAGAUAGUCUAAAUAAAGCAAAAAAUAUUCUUCGAGAAAUAAAGUUGUUGAACUUCUUCGACCAUGAAGAUAUAAUUAAGCUGUAUAACAUAGAGUUAUACCCUGACACAAGAAAUUACAAUGAAAUAUAUAUGGUGACUGAUUUCAUGGAGGCAGAUUUGAGCCAAUUAAUCUAUUCUGAAGUAGAAUUAACUAAUGAGCAUGUUCAAUGUAUUAUGUAUCAGCUCUUAAGAGGUGUAUUAUAUAUGCAUUCUGCUGAUAUAUUCAAUUUGGACUUAAAUCCACAUAAUGUAUGGCUAGAUAGCAGCUGCGAUUUAAAGAUAUGUGGGUUAAAACUUGCAAAAGAUUGCAGAAAAGUGGUAAAAAUAGAUGAAUGAAUCUGUCCAAUAUGAUAUAGAUCUCCAGAAUUAAUUCUGGGUUGCCCUGCAUUAACAAAAAAUGUUGAUAUAUGAAGCUGUGGAUGCAUUUUUGCAGAACUUCUUGGCAGAUCACCAUUGUUUCCUAGUAGUGACUCUGUAGAUAUUCUACAACGUAUAACUCAGCUAUUAGGUAGUAUUGCUCCAGAUGAUAUCUUUUUUAUUACUAACACUGCUGCUGAAGCAUAAUUCAUACCUUUUUAUGGAUUUCUGAGGACAAAUCUAAUCAAAAAAAUUUUUUUUUGAUAGUUUAAUAUAAUUUGAAAAGUCAAGCCAGAAUUGGCAAAAAGAAAUAUAAAAAAUAAAAAUUUUAAUUUAAUUUGACUGUUUGGAUGCUUUUUAAUUUUAAAUUAAUUUUUUUAUUUCAGGGCAUUCUCUAUAGAGAUCAAUUAAUUGGCACGUGAUAUAUAUAUUGCUAAUCUUCCAGAUCAACAAAAAGCAAGCUGAUCUAGUUUGUAUCCUAAUGCAGAUCCACUUGCGUUAGAUUUGCUUGAUAAAAUGAUAGUAAUUAAUCCUGAAAAAAGAUGGGCUGCUUCCCAUUGCUUAGAGCACCCUUAUUUUAAAGAUCUGCAUGACAUAGAAGAUGAGCCUCUUGCAGGUGAGAGUUUUAAUUGGGAUUUUGAAAAUUGUGAAUUAUCAAUAGACUCAGUUAAAAAUUUGGUGUAUGAAGAAGCUUCAAAGUUCCAUCAUUAA